UAAAAGUUGAAGGAGAUGGCAACCGGAAAGUUCAGUGAGAAUGAGAUCAAUGGGCGUGGAGAUUUGGAGAAGCCUUUGAUCACAACGGGAGAGAAUAAUGAACAUUAUGGGAGUGAUGAAAAUGGUUCCAUUGGGAUGGUUUUGUUUUCCACAUUUGUUGCUGUUUGUGGUGCAUUCGAAUUCGGAUCUUGUGUGGGGUAUUCAGCACCAACACAAGCUGCUAUCAGGGAGGAUCUUGGUUUAUCUUUAGCUGAGUUUUCAAUGUUUGGUUCAAUCUUGACCAUUGGUGCAAUGAUUGGUGCUGUCACAAGUGGUCGACUUGCAGAUCUGAUUGGUCGAAAAGGGGCAAUGAGACUUUCAGCUUCUUUCUGCGUUACUGGAUGGCUAGCUGUGUAUUUCUCCAAGGGGGCUCUGUCACUGGAUGUUGGAAGGUUUUCAACUGGAUUUGGCAUUGGAGUUCUCUCUUAUGUGGUUCCUAUCUUCAUAGCUGAAAUUGCGCCAAAGAAUCUCAGAGGAGGGCUCACAACAUUGAACCAGCUGAUGAUUGUCAUUGGUCAAUCAGUUGCAUUCCUAAUAGGAACAGUUAUAACAUGGAGGUCACUGGCUCUCACAGGACUUGUGCCAUGCAUUUUCCUGUUUGUUGGCCUUAGUUUCAUCCCUGAAUCUCCUAGAUGGCUGGCAAAGGUUGGGCACCAGGAAGAAUUCCAGGCAGCUCUAAGAAAACUUCGGGGCAAAAAUGCAGAUAUUACAACUGAAGCUGCUGAAAUUCUGGAAUAUAUUGAAACUCUUGAAAGCCUUCCCAAAGCAACAGUAGGGGACUUGUUUCAGAAGAAAUAUAUUCGUGCUGUGAUGAUUGGAGUUGCCUUAAUGGUUUUCCAACAGUUUGGAGGGAUCAAUGGAAUAAGCUUCUAUGCAAGUGAAACCUUUGCAUUAGCUGGGCUUUCUUCAGGAAAAACUGGAACCAUAGCUUAUGCUUGUCUUCAGGUCCCUAUAACUUUUCUGGGAGCAAUUCUAAUGGACAAAACAGGAAGAAGAGUACUCUUAAUGCUUUCCUCAAGUGGCACAUUUCUUGGCUGUUUUCUAGCAGGUUCUUCAUUUUACCUCAGGGAACAAGAUCUUUACCCUGAAUGGAGGCCAAUAUUAGCUGUUGCUGGCGUCCUUAUAUUUAUUGGAUCUUUCUCAAUUGGAAUGGGAGCAGGUCCCUGGGUGAUAAUGUCUGAGAUUUUCCCAAUUAACAUUAAGGGAGUGGCUGGCAGCCUGGUGGUCCUGGUGAAUUGGUUAGGUGCUUGGACAGUCUCUUACACAUUCAAUUUUCUCAUGGCCUGGAGUACCUAUGGGACGUUUUACAUAUACUCGGGAUUCUCUAUAAUGACUAUCAUAUACACAGCGAAGUUUAUCCCAGAAACCAAAGGGAAAACACUGGAAGAAAUCCAGGCAUGCAUCAAUUCGUAACUGCUUCCACAGCCAUAAAUAUAUCUGGGGAAGACGUUGGAACAAACAUUUUAAUGUCUUGUUUUUUUGCUUCAACUUGAUGCUGGAUUUAUCCGAGUGAAGGUAACUUGUAGUGGACACUCCAAUGGACGACGCCAUGAAAAUAACACUUUCAGAUGAGAAGAUCAUGCCCUUCUCUCUCCCAUUUUUCUUCACUUCGUUUUUCUUCUUUUUCUUGCCUUAUGUAUUCUAUAUAUCAUGCAUUCUUCCAUGUUUGGUUAAUUAGAUCUUGUUUUGGUGUGAUAUUCAAAGUGAGAAAGAAUAUUUCUCCGGGUUUUCAUUUUUGUUCA